GACCAUCACGUGUUUCCUUGGGACAUUAAUGAACGGUGCACACUGACUUCGCCAAACCACGUAACAAAAAGUCAAAUUUAAGAUUCGCUGCUGUAACAAUUGUAAGAAUAUAUUUGACUCAUCUCUGAUACAUGCGGCUAAUGAGAUAAAACGAUGAACGGUCGUCAAGGAGAACCUCCCCCUCAGCUCCGGGGCGGUAGCUCCACGACACGGCAGGAGGAUCCGCGGCCCCCCCACAUUAAGAACGAGGAGGAGGCUGAUCUCAGCAAGUUUCCACUGACUGUUGUCUCUGUGAAGACUGUAGACCAUGGAGACAAACCACCUGAGUCCUCACAGCUUCAUCACAGUCCAAACGGCAACCGGCUGGUUGGUUGUCAAGAAGACUGUCCCCCUCGGUCGCUGGAGGGAAGCUCCACUUUGAAGCCGGCGGAACCACAGCCCCCCAACCUUAAAGAGGAAGAGGAGGAAGUGUGGAUCACUGGGGAGGGAGAGUGUCUUCUAGGGCAGGAAGAGGCUGAUCUCACCAAGUUUCCACUGACUGUUGUCUCUGUGAAGACUGAAGACCAUGAAGACAAACCACCUGAGUCCUCACAGCUUCAUCACAGUCCAAGUGAGGAGACCAGAGCCGUGGAACCUUCAAGAAGCAGCUCAACUCAACACAUGACAACAGAAGCUGAUGGAGACCACUGUGGAGGAUCACAAGCAGACAAGCUCUUAGCUCCACUAUCAGAUAGUGAGGACACAACGUCACACUCUCCUGAAGAUGCAGACAGGGACGACACCCAAGAACCUUUGAGCAGUGAUGCGGACUCUGAAGGUGACAUGAGGACUCAAACUGACAACAAACACUCUAAACGCGCUAAAAAGAGGACGUGUAGAAAACGUUUGAUCUGCUCAGUUUGUGCUAAAAGAUUUUCCUUUAAAUGUGAGUUAACUCAACACAUGAAAACGCACACAGGAGAGAAACCUUUUAGUUGUUUGGUUUGUGGCGACAAAUUUGCUCAAAGGCCCACGUUGACAAGACACAUGAGAACGCACUCUGGAGAAAAACCUUUCAGUUGUUCCGUCUGCGCCGAUAAAUUUGCUCUGAGGUCGACAUUGACCGCACACAUGCGAACGCACACCGGAGAAAAACCUUUUUCUUGUUCCAUUUGUGGCGAACGAUUCACUCAGAAAGGAACCAUCGCAGCACACAUGAGAACACACACCGGAGCGAAACCUUUCAGCUGCACAGUUUGCGGUAAAAGUUUCUCUCAGAAAGGUUCGAUAGCGUUACACAUGAGAACACACACGGGCGAAAAACCCUUUAUUUGUUCAAUUUGUGGUACAAGAUUCUCUAACAACUCAAACAUGCUAUCACACAUGAGAACACACACGUGCGAAAAACCAUUCCAAUGCUCCGUUUGUGAUAAAAGCUUUUCUAACAAAAGGGAUUUUGCAAGACACAUGAUCACGCACACAGGAGAAAAACCUUUCAGUUGCUCCGUGUGCGGCGAUACUUUUGCUCGCAGGUUCUCGUUAGUGACACACAUGAAAACGCACACCGGGGAGAAACCUUUUAACUGUUCAGCUUGCGGUAGAAGAUUCUCCGAAAAGUCACAUAUGCAGUCGCACAUGAGAACGCACACUGGAGAAAAACCUUUUAAAUGCUCAGUUUGCCGCCGUGAAUUUGCUCACAGGUUCAACAUGGUGAGGCACAUGAAGACACACACUGGGGAAAAACCUUUUAAUUGUUCAGUUUGUGGGAAAAGAUUCUCUGAAAAGUCACACAUGGUGUCACACAUGAGAACACAUACUGAAGAGAAACUAGUUCAUUAGAACUUUCCCACAUUUAUAGUGAUUACAGAUGGUCUUCUGUUCGUUUUAAGAUGUUUUGUGGUUACAGCUGUGCUUUAAAAAACAAUUAAAACUUAAUUUUGUUCAAAAACAGAAGACUGGCUCAAGAGUUGAUUUGUUUGCGUGCUGUAAAUGAAUGCUCUAUGCUCAAUAUUGGCCGCACUUGUCUUGCAUUGCUCAACAGUUGCGACAAAUAUUCAGGACAAAGAUCGUAAUGUAACAUCUUUCCGAAUGUUGUAAGAUGGCGAGCAGGUGGUCGAUCAACAAUUUCUUUAUUGCAUGAACAAAACAACGCUUCAGCGGUCAGGACCCAUGUUAUGUUCACGGAGAGUCGGACGUCGCAGACCUCUUUUCCGUCACACACGUUAAAGAAUCUCCUCCCAUGGGGAAGCGUAAGAACCAUAAGGUGCUUUUAUUAUUGACAUGGAAAAGAAGAGCAGAAUCAACACCUGCCGCUUCCUCCCAAUAAGCCACAGGAAUAUAUAUUUUAUUAUUGUGUUACUGUUUCAUUUCACUAUUAAUUUCAGUAUAAGGUAUGACUUACACAAAAACUUUACAGUCAUAAAACGGAACUGGUAUGUACCUGAGGAACACCUGCGUGCCGGCCAAAGAGUGACCAGGAGAAAAAGGAUUUCUAUGUAAAAUGCGCAUGAAGUAUUUUUGUUCUGUGAUUUUAUUUUUGUAAAU